CGUUGCUCUGCCUGUAUACUGUAUACAACUUCACAACAGUGUAUCGAACACACCUCACCAAAUCUCACACAAAUCAGCCCCCCUCACCGUAGCCUAUUGUACGGGCAACAUUGCGACGGCCACCGCCACCGGCGCAAAGCACCACCGUCGCAGCCGCACAUCACAGGUACAAGCAUGGUUCCUGGGGUGAAAACAGGGCGGCGUAAGAAAACAGCAACUGACCCCAUAGCAUUACCCUCGGGAACAUUUGCACCUGUCGUUGUCACACCACAAACUUUAUCCGAUGAGACACAACCGUCGGAUGACACACAAACAUGUGUGGAAGAGACACAGGCGCACGGCGUAGGGAAAAGUAACUCAAAUCGUGUACACAGUCCUACAGUCGGAAAAGGAGUGCAAAAAAGGCUUACGAGAAAAAAAGGGGAGAAGUUACAUGUAUAUGUCAAUCGCAUGCUUAAUGCACUCACUGGAGGGAAUGCCACGCCUGCCACAAAUGAGUUGGGCUUGCAAAUAAGGCGGUUGUGCCCCCUUAAGGGAGUGAAGUCAUGGAAGAAAAUUGGUCAUAGUAUCAAAGAUGCUGUAGUACAGGCUGUGCUAGACACGUUUGAAAUUGGUGAGGAUUUUCAUACUGAUCAACAAGCUCAAGAUAUCAUUGAUACGAAGGCGUAUCUCUUGUACAAGGAUUGGAGGUACACCCUGAAGCAACACUACGAAAAACUUGUAGAAGAGGGUGUUGAUGACCCAUAUAGUCAUCCGCCUAAAGGAGUUUGCUUGGAUGAUUGGAAACACAUGAUUGAUGUCGCUUGGAAGGAUGAAUCUCAUUUGAAAUGCUCUAAAGCUGGUAAGGCAAACUGGAGUUUGCUACCAGACAAUCACACCAGUGGAUCUCGCUCCUUUCCUAUAGCAAUGUCGCUCUUGGCAGAUGAAAAUGGGGAGUUGGAUUUUCUGGAAUUUUAUUCGAAAUCACACAAAUUGAAGAAAACAAAUGAAUGGAUUGAUCCCAAAUGUGGUGAGCUACAUGAUGCGAUGGAUCCCAUUGACACAUGAGGAACUCUCAUGGCAAGUGCUUGGACAGAGAAAGAAUUACUUGCGUGGAUUUGGGAUAGGCCCAUGACACUAUUCGCCAUCUGAUAGUGCGGCACGAUCUCAUGACAAACAAAUGGAGGCAAUGCGAUCUGAGAUUGACGUUCUUCAAGAAAAUUUGAUGAAGGAGAAAGAAGAGCGCCAGAGAGAUCGUGAAGAGAUGACGAGGGAGAGAGAGGAGUUGAUGAAAGAAGUAGAAGAAGGAAAAAAAGCAAGGGAGGCGCAACAAGAACAACUGAAUCAUUUGAACUCUGUGGUUUUACGACUAUCAACACUGUUGGAGGGUUCAGACGGGCAUCGUCGUAUUUGAUGACUUCGUUGCGUGGACUUACAGAGAUAUUUUGGUGUAUGGAGAAGAAAUUGUACUUUUGUAUAGAAGUAAUAUAAUACUUUUGUCGUCUCCAGCUUUUGUGCAGUUAACUAUUCCUGAUACAGAAAACUAUUGGCAGCGAACAGAUAAUUAUUGGCAUGGUAGAUAGAUCACCUUUUGACGCCGUCCACUAAAUUGAUUUUUUGUCGUGGUACAUAGAUGUAUUUUUGGCUUGGUACAUACAUCACCUUUUGUCGUGGUACAGAUUACGAUGGUAAUUUGUACCAUGCCAAAUGGUCAUUUCACAUGGUAUAGUAAAUGUAAUUUUUGUAUAUGAAGGGCUUUACUUUUUGUAUGAUUGAAUAUGUUGUAUGGAAUUAUUAUUUUAGUUUGGACAAUAGUUCGUUUGUAUGUACUUAGACAAUUAAAGUAACUUAUUUUUUGUAUACGGAUGCAGA